AUGGAGGAGGAUUCAACGACGUUUAUGACACAGCUGAUAAAGCCGGAAUAUCGAAAGUCUAAUCCAGUUGAUAGAGUGUAUGAAAGUCUUAUUCCAUUGAAAAGUAAACGCCCAAAGAAACAACAGAGUGAACCAAAGCAAAAAAAGAAGCUAUCCCGUAGAGAAAUCAAGGAACUUGGCCUUUAUACUAUACCAGCCGAUACAGUAAAGUAUGAAGAUGCAUUGGGCUUGCAUAAAAUAUGGUGUGGCUAUUUCGAUACAAUUUUCCCUUCAAACGAUGUACCGGUUGAAACAGACGGGAGGUACAAUGCGAUCGUGGCUAGCUUGCUGAAGGCAGACUAUCAUGGGGCCAAAAUAAAAAUUAUUCGUUCCAAACAAGCCAGUGUUGUCGGAAUGAAAGGAAUCGUUGUGCUGGAUACAAAAGGAACAUUCAAAAUGGUAUCAAAGGAUAAUAAACUUCGAACUAUUCCCAAAAAUGAUUCAUUAUUUGAGGUCAUCAUGCGAGAUAAGGUGGUUACCAUUUUCGGCAAACAUUUGAGCGUUCGUCCUGCCGAGCGAGCGGUAAAAAAGACGAAAUUGUUUGCUUUUCCUGAUUUAUAAACUAUACGCUACUACUACAAAAUGUUUUGGUCCUGGGAACAUGUUGAUGAACAUGUCUUGGGAACAUGAUCUAGGAAUUCGCACAGGACGUAUCCAACAUGAUCUGUCUCAAGACAAUAAUUAUUGUUAAAUAAAAUGAGCAUAAUCGUGAUCAGAGUCUUUGUA